GGUUGCUGAAAUGUACAGACCCCCUAGACUUGGUUCGCUACUGCGACAGAGUUACGUUAUGUAAGAAUGAAGGCUUCUAAGUGGCUGUUUCUAUCUUGGUUGACAGAAUUGACAGUUUGGUACAUGUCCUGCAGGGCAACAACGUGGUGAACGGCCACUCACAAGGCUGUCCGCCCUCACGAACCACGGUACGUACCUACUGUACGCAUCACUGUACCAAGAUCAGGGGGGUCUGCACAUUUUUGCAAGCACCGAUAAAGCAAUGAGCUCAUGGGCGAGUCAGGUCUGCACCAGCAUAUCUGGAUGGACUCCCACAGCCCCGUCGUCUUCCAACAAGGCUUCCCCAAAAGCCCCCACACCCACCAAUAGCAUUCAAUCCUCAAGCCCAAUCCAACCUGGCAUGGUCGACAACUGCGACGCAUUCCAAUUUGUUAAGGAUGGCGAUUGCUGUUCUACUAUCGUUCAGAAGAACUCUAUCAGCCUCUCUCACAAUUCUACAAAUGGAAUCUUUGGCACUAACUGCGGAGGACUAUGGCUCGAAGUCUACGUUUGCGUCUCCAUUAUCGGACAUAGUCCUACCACAACCACUCCUCCUCCCAGCACCACCGUAAAUCUACUCCCACCAAUGGUAUCGCAACGCCCUCGCCGGUUCAGAGCGGCAUGGCCAGCAACUGCGAUGCCCUCCAUUUCGUUAAGGACGGCGACUCCUGUGCCAAUAUCGCACAGCACUAUGGCAUGAGUUUGUCUCAAUUCUACAAGUGGAACCCUGCGGUCGGCUCGAGCUGCGGAGCGCUCUGGUUCAGAACGUACGUCUGCGUUGUCAUCAUUGGUGUGAACCCUAUGACUACCACGACGAUGAAGACCUCUGCGGUACUUACGAAAACACAGGCUGGAAAUGAGUAGCGACUCCCACGCCCAUCCAGGCAGGUAUGACGAAGAACUGUAAGAGCUUUCGGUUUGUGAAGGAUGGAGAUAACUGCGCAUCAAUUGCUCAGGCGGCAGAUAUUUCACUUGCCAACUUCUACCGCUAGAGCACAGGAAUUGGGUCGAGCUGUAGGCACUGUGGCUUAAAAUCUACGUUUGCGUCGCUGUGUUG